AUGGAUGUGCAAUAUCUAUUAUCAAAAGCUCAAAAGCAAGUCCAAGCACAGCUCUCAAACUCCAUGAAUCGAACCAUCUCAGAAGGUAUCAGCACAGACAAAGGAUUGUAUGGGGUCUUGAAGGGGGGAGUAUUCCUCAACGAUCAAUUCGUCACUGCGGAACGUUCAGAGGAUGAAAUAAAAGCUGCAAUUUCAGUGGUAGCUCGGGCACGACUCCUUGCAGCUGUUUGGAAAGCAACUAAUCAUUUCAUAAUACGCGGAUAUAAACCAUGCACUCAAGAUGGACCAAAUGGCGCGUUGCCCGAUGAUGAUGUGUUUUCCUAUUGCAGCCCAGAUGGAAUAAUGAUGAAUGUUGUGCAAUCACACAGAGGAAAAUUGCUUCAAAAAUUUCCAUCAGCACAUUUACUUUCCCCCAAGUACAACCUCACAACUCAGUACUUUGUUGAGCAAUCUUGGAAUUGUCAAGACAAGUAUGGAAGUUACAAUUAUGAUCCAUAUAAGGGAAAAGCACUUCCUGCAAACCCCGACGCUGAAUGCAUUGUUAGCCUGGCAGUUUGUGAUAUGACUCGAAAAGAUAUACAAAAGAUGGCAAAGAAGAAAGGAAUAGUCAAAGCUUGCCGGGAGGUUGGGGGGCUGCCAAAAAUAUAAAAAAGCUUCAUAAAGCAAUACUACCCCUGGCCGUGCUGG